UCUAUUAUAUAAUAUACAAGAACACCCUAGUCUAGCAAUCUCAGCUCUGUCGUCCUUAGAACUUAGAUCAGAAGAAGAAGAUAAUGGUGUGGGUGAAGGCAUCUCACGUUAUAAAACCAUGUGAGGAUACUCCAAACGUUGUUAUGCCUUCCUCUGACUGCGACGAAAUAUAUUCUCUUACGCAUAAUCCCAUUAUAUGCUUCUAUCGAUCUGGGAAUCCAUCCAUUCAUACUUUAAAACAUUCACUGAGCAGGGCCCUUUCCAUAUUUUACCCCUUUGCAGGCCGUCUCCGCUGGCUUGACGGCGGCCGUACCGAGAUUCACUGCAACGCCGAGGGAGCGCUGUUGCUGGAAGCUGAAUCGGACACCAGGGUCGACGAUUACGCCCGCCGGGACUUCUUACCGACGCCAGAGCUCCGACGGCUGAUCCCCGCCGUGGAUUACGCCAACACCCCGCUUCAAAACCGGCCUCUCCUACUCGCCCAAUUAACGCGCUUUUCUUGUGGAGGCCUUGGCUUCGGUUUCGCAGUUUGCCAGGCUGUUGUGGACGGCGAAAGCACCUUCCGCUUUAUUAGCACAUGGGCGAGAAUCGCACGAGGAGAAGAGCCGGAUGUAUAUCCCUUUCUCGACCGAAGAAUCCUACAACUCCAGCACCGCCCGCCCGCCGCACAAGCGGUGGAUAUCAACCAGACCCAGUUCGUCCCGCCACCGCUAAUCAUCGGCAGGUCCGACAACCUAGAAGAGCGGAAAAAGGAAACCAGUCCCUUGAUGUUGAAAUUGAGUAAAGAAAACAUCCAAAAAUUGAAGGACACGGCAAACAAAGAUGCGAAAAUGGGCCGCACGUAUAGUAGAUUCGAGGUGGUGGUGGCGCAUAUUUGGAGGUGUGCAACCAUGGCCCGAGGAAACCUUCCGGAGCAGCCCACAAAUGCAUAUAUCACAGUCGAAUUUCGUAAUAGGUUGAAACCCCCAUUACCGAUGAACUAUUUUGGGAAAGCGAUUUUACGCUUAGCAGCAACUGCCACCGCUGGGGAGUUGCAGAAGAACCCGCUGGGCUAUGCUGUUAGUAGAAUAAGGCAAGCAAUUGACAAAGCCACAAGCGAGUAUCUGAGUUUGAACUUAGCGUUCUACAAACAGCUUAAAGACAUAAGCUCGUAUAGAUUAUCCGGUAACACAGCUUUAUGUGGAAACCCUAAUUUCAGGUUCACAUCCUGGAUAAACCUCCCGCUCUCUGGUAUGGAUUUCGGAUGGGGGAAAGAGAUUUACACGGGGCCUGGAGCAAUAAAAGGUGAUGGUAUGUGUUUUAUUAUCCCUAGUAAUGAGGACGAUGGGUCGUUGAAGGUGAUAUUUGGCUUGCAGAAAGAGUACAUAGAAGCAUUUGAAAAUUUAUUCUACUCUGGGAGUGUAUUUACUUUUAGUUCAAAUCUUUAAUUUUAUCCUGUUUUAGUAUUUUACUUUUAAAAAUGUUCCCCCUUGGGCACUUGUAGUUAGAGGAUGAGGUAAAUAGCUUAUGCACCCUCAGCUCCUAGUCAGUCCUCAUGUUGAUUCUGCAAUGUUGUUAGUAGAAUAUAAUCCAACUUCAUCCUCCCUUCUAGAUUGGUGAUUCUAAGUUAUCAGAAUUUACCACUUAGAGCUAGCUAACUUUGUGGGACUAUCUAUCUCUAUCUUUUUUCCUCGUUCUUUGAUGUGGGGAGGAUUUCGGUAUUAGUGGUCGCAAUAGUAGUCAAUAGGAGAUUCAGAGCUUGAGUUUGUGGGUCUUCUGGGUGAUAUAGUGUCGAAGAGUAUUAAAAUACACAUAAAUAUUUUAAGGUGAGGAUAGGGGUGAGGUGGGGGUUGAGGGCCAGGGCCCCCUACCCCUAAGGUGGCUCCGUCCUGUGUAGUGUGUACAUUUUAAAUUUUUUUGCAUUUUUACC